AAUCAGGCAGCAGGGGAUACCAGCCUAUAGCCAAGCAGACAUGGCUUUGUUUACCUCCAAGAUGGCGAAGACUUACGGGGACAAGCCAGUCAGCUUCCAACUCGAGGAGAAUGGCGAGUACUGGUGCAUCGGGUCCGAGGUCGGGAACUACCUGCGACUGUUCCGCGGGUCGCUGUACAAGAAGUUCCCUGGCAUGUACCGGCGCUCCAUCACCAACGAUGAGCGCAAGAAGUUGAUGGAGCUUGGCCUGACUCAGCACGUUCUGGCGUCCAACAUCUCACUGCUCCGCGCCUCUGAGGUCGAGGACAUCAUCGAGGGUAAUGAGGACAAGUACAAGGCAGUGUCCGUGCGACAACAGCAGGACCCUGAGGCAGCGGCGGCAAGUUUCCUGGUCAGGGCGGAGCGUCAGGUCAAGAAGCCGGCUGCUCCGUGGGUGCCCACCAUCUCCAACUCCUCCCACCUGGAUGCCGUACCCCAGGCCACACCCAUCAACCGCAACCGCAUCAUCUCCAAGAAGAUCCGCACCUUCCCCAUGUGCUAUGAUGACCUUGACCCGGCGCAGAUCCAUGAAAAUUCCUGCCAGAAGGAGGAAUUGGUGCCCAUCCGACUUGACAUGGAGAUCGAGGGACAGAAACUGAGGGAUACAUUCACCUGGAACAAGAACGAGAUGCAGACCAGCCCGGAACAGUUUGCCGAGCUGCUGUGUGACGACCUGGAUCUGAACCCCCUGAUGUUCGUGCCAGCAAUCUCCACCUCCAUCAAGCAGCAGAUGGACCAGUUCCCCUCCCAGACCAUCAUCUCAGACCACUCAGACACCAGGAUAGUCAUAAAGCUCAACAUCCACGUGGGCAACAUCUCCCUCAAUGACCAGUUUGAGUGGGACAUGUCGGAGCCGGAGAACUCGCCCGAGGACUUCGCCUCCAAGCUGUGCUCCGAGCUGGGCCUGGGCGGGGAGUUUGUCACGGCCAUCGCCUACUCCGUGAGGGGGCAGCUCUUCUGGCACCAGCGCACCUAUGCCUUCAGCAGUGAAUCUCCCCUGCCUUGUGUGGAGGUUCCGUUCCGCUCCCAGAGUGAGGCGGAGCAGUGGUCGCCCUUCCUGGAGACACUCACAGACGCAGAGAUGGAGAAGAAGAUCCGGGACCAGGACAGGAACACAAGACGAAUGCGGCGACUGGCCAACACAACACCCGGCUGGUAACUACGAGGAGGAGCAGUGAUGCGGAUGUCUGUGUCUGUCUCUUCUGCGCGCACACACACACACACACACACACACACACACACACACACACACACACAUUUUAGGACCAGUUAACCACAUUUUUUUUUUUCAUUCAUUUUAUCUUUUUUUUUUCCAAUAUAAUCUUACACUCAUAGCCAAACAGCACUCAACCAUGAAUCUAGUUCAUUUAAAGCUCCAUUAGUUCUUAAGGUCAAUGAUAUGAAACUAUACAUAAUACCAAUAAAAAAAUAAUAUGUA